UUACCCAGUUGCAGACUGAGGAGACAAGUGUUCCCCGGUGACAUUAUGUAGCUUUAGGUGGAUUAUCGCUGCUCUGCCGUGGAAUGCACAACUUGCCUGAAAUAGUGAAUCAGUAAGGGAGGGACAGCACAGCUACAGGAGCCACCCAAAAUGUGAUGACAGUCAAAACGUAAUGACAUGAAAAUAUGAGGUCAUUUGAAAGCCAAUGGUUCUUCUCAAACUCCAACACCGACGGUUUAUGGGACAGAAUAUCUGAGUUGCACCAAGGAAAACUCUGGCUGCAUUCACAUCCAGCUGAGCGUGACACUUGAAUGCAAUGUCUGCACGGGUUUCUUCCUCGCUGCUCAGGGUCUGCACUUACAGUCUGCGAUGCUUGGAUGGCCUCAAAAGCUGCAGCACGUGGAAACCGGGAGGGGCAGUUUUCCUGCGGUCUCUCCAUGUCGACAGUCCGCCUCACAAACCCACCCUGACCAGCAGCUACGUCCAUGGCACCUCUUCCUAUUCAUUGCUUCCCCUGACUGUGAGCCAGAGCCUGGAAGCAACCGUCCAACGCUAUCCUGACCGCGAAGCCGUGGUCUUUCUCCAGGAUGGCGUCAGAAAAACCUUUGCUGAGUUUCAGAGAGAUGUGGACUCAGCUGCUGCAGGCUUGAUUGCUCUGGGCUUGACGAGAGGCGACCGACUGGGGAUUUGGGCUCCAAACAUAUACGAAUGGGUCCUUUUCCAGUUUGCUUCAGCUAAGGCUGGAAUCAUCCUGGUGUCACUAAACCCAGCCUACCAAGUGGAGGAAGUGGAGUUUACGCUGCAAAAGGUCCAGUGUAAAGCUGUGCUGUGUCCAAGCACCUUUAAAAGCCAGAGGUUUUGUGAGAUGCUGCGGGAGCUCUGCCCGGGAAUCGAUUCUAUGCCACCUGCCAUGAUCAGAAGCUCCAGGGUGCCAGACUUGCGUAUGAUCAUUGUGACCGACAGCAGGCAGCCGGGGAUGCUCCAUGUGGCGGAUGUGAUGCAAGCGGGGGAGAGUCAGCACUACCAGCAGCUGAUGGACCUGCAGAGCAAGCUGUCCUUUGAUGACGCCAUCAACAUCCAGUUCACUUCAGGUACCACUGGAAAGCCGAAGGGAACCACUCUUUCUCACCACAACAUUGUAAAUAACGGCUACUUUCUGGGUCUGCGCAUGGGCUAUGACAGCAGACCUCAGGUGCGAGUGUGCGUCCCUGUGCCCAUGUACCACUGCUUCGGCUCCGUGAUCGCCGCGAUGGCUAUGGCAGCCCAUGGCAUCACGCUGGUGUUCCCUUCCACGGCUUACAACAGCGUUGCCAAUUUAGAGGCCAUCCAGAACGAAAAGUGCAAUUUUGUCUACGGCACUCCCACCAUGUACGCGGACUUGCUGAGUCAUGAUUUACACAAGUAUGACUUUUCGUCGGUUGAAGCCGGGCUCAUGGGAGGUUCUCCGUGCCCUCCUGAGAUCCUGAGGAAGCUCAGAUCAGAGAUGAACAUGAAAGAGAUAACGAUUUUAUACGGGACCACUGAAAACAGCCCUCUAACGUUCUUGGGGUUCCCGCAAGACAACGACGAGCUGAAGAUGAACACUGUUGGGUGUGUCAUGGCUCACACUGAGGCCAAGGUAGUGGACCCCAACACAGGGGAGAUGGUCCCUUUGGGUGCUUCAGGGGAGCUGAUGAUCAGAGGUUACUGCGUGAUGCUCGGGUACUGGGAUGAUCCCGAGAAAACCAGAGAGGUCAUCUCUGCAGAUCGCUGGUACAAGACCGGCGACACAGGCAGCCUGAACAGCCUGGGAUACUGUCGCAUCGAGGGGCGCAUUAAGGACAUGAUCAUCCGCGGAGGGGAGAACAUUUACCCCGCCGAGAUAGAGCAAUUCCUCCACAAGCAUCCAAAAGUUCUGGAGGUGCAGGUGGUCGGGGUAAAAGAUGAGAGGCUGGGCGAGCAGGUGUGUGCCUGCGUCAGGCUCAGAGAGGGCCAAACCUUAACCGCAGAGGAGAUAAGAGACUUCUGCAAAGGCAAAAUUUCUCACUUUAAGAUUCCACAUUACGUGAUCUUUGUAGACAGCUACCCUCUAACCGUCUCUGGGAAGAUCAAGAAGAACAUAUUAAGGGAACAAAUGGAGAAGAAAUUAGGCCUUUGAUUUAUUUUGAUCUUACAGGAAGUAAAUGGACUGAAUUUAUACGACACUUUUCUAGUCAUGCUGACCAUUCGGUGUUUUCCAGCAGAGCUACAGUCACAAACACACAUUCAUAUACUGAUACGGAAGUCAGUAGGCAACUUGGCAUUAAGUGCCUUGCCCAGAGGCACACUGACAUGUGACAGCUGUAAGACUACUCUACUCACUGAACUGCAGUCAUUAUGAAGUAUUAAGUGAAGACUGAAAGUAAACUUUGUAUCUGAAUAAUUUAAACCUCGUUUUAAGUGAUGCUGGUUUAUUAAUGCAGCCUGGCGAUUUAUUAUUGACCAGGGGAAACAAUAUUUACUCUUACAAACAAUGGCAACUGAAUAAUUCAGUUUUCUUUUUAAUAGUCCUACAAUGCUCCCCAACGUUAGUGUUGACUGUAAAACCUUUAAUAAAUUAUGUUCCUCAUUCUAAA